UAGCACUCCGUCUUCCUCUCGGGGAAGGCCGGGCCGGGGUCGCCAUUGCUAGCAAGCAUAUGGUGUUCUCGGACAGAUGCAUGCGUGUUCCCCUUAGCGCAGAGCUCCUCCCAUAUAUUAUUCUUGGCCGCCUUUGCAAUUCUUGCAUUAAUUGCUUCAUUGCCUCUCUCUAGCUACUUCCUGCUACACCUUCUACCUUCGUCUUCGGCGAUCUAGCUAGCUUCAUGAGGAAUCUGAUCAGCACAGAUCAGUAACACUACUACAGAGUAGAAUCGGAUUGUAAUCUUGGUGCAGCUAAUUAAGAUCCUUAAUUCGCAGCAUAGAGCUUACAGCAGUAUCAUCAGGUACAGGAAAUAUUACGGCGAUGGCACUAUCAGCUUCCCUGGUUCGGCAAGAUGUGCCGCCGGGGAGGCAGUUGAGGAACCAGCUUGCUGCAGCCGUGAGGAGCAUCAACUGGAGUUAUGCAUUCUUCUGGUCCAUUUCAAACGCUCAGCCAGGAAUCCUGACGUGGACGGACGGGUUCUACAACGGGGAGGUGAAGACGAGGAAGAUCGCCAACUCGGCGGAGCUGACAGCCGAGCAGCUCGUCAUGCAGAGAAGCGAGCAGCUGCGGGAGCUCUACGAGGCCCUCCUCUCCGGCGAGUGCGACCGCCGCGCGGCGCGGCCGGUGGCGUCGCUGUCGCCGGAGGACCUCGGCGACACCGAGUGGUACUACGUCGUCUGCAUGACCUACGCCUUCCGGCCUGGCCAAGGGUUGCCGGGCAGGAGCUUCGCCAGCAACGAACAUGUCUGGCUGUGCAACGCGCAACUCGCCGACAGCAAAGCCUUCCCCCGCGCGCUCCUGGCGAAGGGCGCGUCCAUUCAGACGAUCGUCUGCAUCCCGCUUAUGAGUGGCGUUCUUGAGCUGGGCACAACUGAUCCGGUGGUGGAGGACCCAGACUUGGUCAGCCGAGCCACUGCAUCUUUCUGGGAGAUGCAGUUUCCGGCAUGCUCUCAGGAGCCGAGCUCCAGCCCGUCGGCAAACGAAACCGGCAAGGCCGCCGACAUCAUUGUGUUCGAGGACCUCGACCACAAUGCCAUGGAAGAGAUGAUCGCCGGGGGGCAGGAGCUAGACGAAUCGGAGAGCCUGUCAAAUGCAACCCUCGAGCACAUCACCAAGGAAAUCGACGAAUUCUACAGCCUCUGCGAGGAAAUGGACGUGCAGCCACUCGAGGAUUGCUGGAUCAUGGACGGGUCUUUCGAGGUCCCCUCUCCACCGCAGCCGGCGGCGGGGGCUUCGACUCACGACGCCGCCACCUCAAGCACGCCCGUUCGUGGCUCUCGCGCGACGAGUUUUACGGCUUGGACGAGGUCGGCGUCGGACUCCGGUGAAGUGGCUGUGCUGGUCAUCGAAGAGCCGCAGAAGUUGCUGAAGAAAGUGGUGGCCGGUGGAGCUUGGGCGAGCAAUGGCGGCGGGGACACGACGAGGACAGCCAAAGAAAGUGGCAUCAGGAACCACGUCAUGUCGGAGAGAAAGCGCCGAGAGAAGCUCAACGAGAUGUUCCUCGUUCUCAAGUCAUUGGUUCCCUCCAUUUACAAGGUGAACAAAGCAUCCAUCCUUGCCGAAACGAUAGCCUACCUCAAGGAGCUUCAGCGAAGGGUACACGAGCUGGAAUCCAGCAGGGAACCCAUCUCGCGCCCAUCUGAAACAAGAAGGCUUACAAAGAGGCAUGACGAUGGCAGCGCCAGGAAGAAAGUCUCUGCGGGCUCCAAGAGGAAGGGAUCGGAGCUCGGUGGUGACAUGGUGAGGGACGAGCACCCGUGGGCCCUCUCCAAGGACGGCGCGAGCAACGUCACCGUCACCGUGUCGGACAAGGACGUGCUCGUGGAGGUGCAGUGCCGGUGGGAGGAGCUGCUCAUGACGCGAGUGUUCGACGCCAUCAAGAACCUCCAUUUGGACGUUCUCUCGGUUCAGGCAUCGGCACCAGAUGGAUUCAUGGGGCUGAAGAUACGAGCUCAGUUUGCCAGCUCAGCUGCCGUUGUGCCCUGGAUGAUCAGCGAGGCCCUGCGUAAAGCUAUAGGGAAGCGAUGAAGGAACAUCUGAAUGUGGGAUAUCAAUCUACAUAGAAGUUCCAUGAAUACGUUCCUUGCGGAAUCCUAUUUUACAAAAUGCAGUGCACGUAUUUUCUUUUUUAAAACAUUACUAGCAAAUAUGCCCGUGUAAGCUCCGCCUUGCAAGUAUUUCAAAUUACUAGCAAUCUACUCCCUCCAUUCCAAAUUAAAAUUCAUUGACUUUUCUAGAUACAUAGUUUUUCUAUAUAUCUGGAUGCAUAGCAAAAUAUAUGUAUAUAGAAAAGCCGAAACGAAUUGUAAUUUGGGACAGAGGCAGUACAUAGCAAAUAUUUCCUU